CCAAAACACCAACCAUGCGCCGAUGAAGUCAUCUCUCAUGUGUCGGACUGCAAAUAUAUGGAUGGUGAAGAGAAAUAUUUGACUCUACAUGCCAACAGAGCCAAGGAUUACACAAUAAUAAAAAACAAUGUCACUUCUUUCGGUGUCCAUCACUGUGGAAACGCCGCGAUCGAAUCUCUUGUUGACAGCACAGAGUCCAAACUGUCUGACCUGUGCGACGAUUCUAUAAAGCACCCGAGGCUUCAUGAAGAAACCCCUUCGGGUGAGGGUAAGGUGAGCGAUCUCACGGUUCCCUCUUGGAGAGAGGAAGGCAUUGAAAGACCCAAGAUCAGGAACAAGAUGGCUGAGCUGGAGCUGCACCACGCGGACCACAACCAGCUGGGCUUGCGAGACCUGCACUGCUCAGAUGACUGUGAGAACGAAACGGCAAAGGUCUGGACGGAGACGGAGAAAGCGCUGGCAGCUGCAGAGUUGAGUCACAUUGUGAGGGAGGAGAGGUCACCCCUGAAAGAAGAAGCAAAGCAUCGGACUAAUAGUCUCGCUGAGGACGGCGAGGGGGUGAGAGUAAACCAUGACAAUAAGAGCAAUCGGCUCGAGUGCCAGCGUUAUUCACAGUCGGGUGAAUUGCUCGUUUGGCCCGACGAAAACGACCAGUGGGCCGCUCCCGAAAAGAGGUGUUCGGAUAAUGAGCUGAGGUCUGAACUGUUCCCCGGCUUCCGGACUGAAGCAUGGGAGGUGGCCGAGCGUCUCGUCGUGGGUCGGGAGUUUUGGGAGGCAGAAGAAAAUGAUGAGCUUGCAGGAAGUGAGCCCCACCCCGGUGUGCUGGUCACUUGUGAGGAGUCCUGGAAUGAUGAAAGGCAGGCGUUAACCGAAAAUCCGUCCGGGAAGGAAAAUGUCCACCGAGAGGUUGAGCAGGAGGCGACGGAUGUUCAACAGGUUGAAAAUUGGGAAAACCUUGUGGGAAUACACAGAUUGAAUGCAUUGGGGAAAAUAUCGGAUGAAGUGGAGAAUAAAGAAAUCCCCGAUCAAGAGAACUCUGAGAAAGGUGAGAACAAGCACAAGUCUCUCAGUAUGGGCAUGAUCGGGGAUGGGCGACUUGCGGGGCCAGAGGAAAAUCAGAAUUUUAACAUUUGGCCUCAGCGUCAGCUCCGUGAGCUCCAGGAGAAGGAGCCGCCGCCGUCGCCGGCAGCAGCACAAAAAGUUGACAACAAUGCCGUUUCGGUGAACUGCUUCUCUCGCCCUUUGGAGAGUCAACAUGCCAAAGUUACCAUUUGCGAAACCGAAGGCCCUCAGGAGAACUACUCGGACCAGGAAAACCUUGACUCUGACUUGUAUUGUCAAGCUGAAAGAGGACGUUCACAUCAUGCUGAGCACCCCACAGAAGACAGCGUGAGCACGCCAAAGGGAGAGGAGGAUUUUGCAGACGUGGCUGAUCCACAGGUGGACAACUUCAGCUCAGUGGACUUCCCCAGUCCUCCUCCGAGCAUUGACCUUGACAUGCAGGAUGAUAAGAUGGAGAGUUUAGAUGACUCGUUUCCGAGUCCGCCGCCAUCCGUUUCAGAGACCGAGGAAUUGAGCAGUCCCCCGAAUUUCGAAGACUUGAACCCUGAGGCAGAAUUUCCCCAAACCAGUUUCACGAAGACACCUCUGCAAGAUCUGGCAGCUAUUCAGAAUAAGGGCACCGUGGCCAAUCAGAACCCCCCAUCUGAGCAUACGAAACAAGACACCGAAAGGGACUCCUCCGAGACCCAAGGUCAGAAUGAUGCCCACCCAUCACCAGCUCCUGUCAAUCACCUGCCUGAAUUAUUUAUUUCCGAAUGGAAAGACAUGGAUGAGGAAGCCUUGGAGGAUUUUGAGAAACUGGAACAACUGUGUUGCAUAUCCGGGGAUGAGGAGGGCACCUUGGGUGACAUUUUCUUGGAAAACCUCGAGCUUUUAGAGUGCCUGAAGAAAACGCCCGAUCAAAAAGGCGCCGCUUCGAGCCUGUGCGGUGGGGACACAAGCGAUUCCGCUGUCAAGGAGGGCAGGGUAGCUUUGGACGGGAUUCCUGAUGAAUCCCAUCUGCUGGUCGAUUCCUCAGACGCAGAGGAUGCGGAGGAGGCGUCGAGGUCACCCGGGCAAACCGCAGAUGCUAAGGAUCAGAGUUCUCUUUCCAAGAUGACCACUAAGAACGGCCUCAUGAUGCAGGUAUGUGAGGAACGGCUCCAGUUCUCCCUGAGUGAGAAUGUGAAAACAAACGUGCUUUGGGGAGCGACAGUUAAGGACACAGUCACACUUCGGCCCUGGGGGGAGAAAACGUCCGAGAGCAAGAGCGAGGCGACCGCUGUGCAGGACCAAAACCAGGACAACAGCCAAACAGAGCAGGAAAGCUGCGCUGAGCCCAAUGUGGAGAGCGAGAAAACUGAAAGCGGGCCGCUCACUGUGAUUGAACAACCAGAGGUUACAACACUGCAGUCGUCUGCAAACCAGACGAUCAAAGCCAAAGUAGCUCGUCUGUCUCUGGCCCUCCCGCCCCUCGCCCUGACUCUGCCCCUCAACCCUACCGGCAAAGGAGGAUUUGGGGACGGGGCAAUCGGCAGUCGGAUCGGCAGACGGAGGGGCUUGCUUCCGGGAAACGAUCCCGAAGAGGAGGAGGAAGACGAGGCGGAGGACGAAAGCUCCCGCCGGGUCAUCGUCGUCACCGAGACGGAUGUGGACAAACGCGUCGGCCUGAGAAGCCUGCUCAAGUCGCCCAAGGAGCCGUUAGACAGAGAGAGAGACAGAGGGAGAAAUGUGUCCUUUUUUGAUGAUGUCACCAUUUAUCUUUUUGAUCAGGAAACGCCAACUAAUGCGUUGAGCAGUUCAGCGCCCACGAGUCCAGCCGCCGCGUCCGUCAAAAACACAUUACAUGGUUCCAGCAGCAAAAACAAAGAUUUCAAGCGCAAAGAGGCCAGAGCCCCGGUGGGUGGGGCCAAUGCGGUGACAUCGUCACGCUUCACCGUCAGCCCGGCCAAGGACCCCCACUUGGCGUGAUGUCGCUUGAACCACGGGAAAGACUUUGGCAGUGAACCCUCAGAGACUGAGCCCUGAAUUGACCCCAGCAAGCAGCCAUUCACACAGAGGCUAUUUUUCUACUGGACAGGUGAAUGGAAGUGGACGACUCCCCUUUGGAAAUGCUGGACGCCAUCCAGUUUUGACCAGCCACCCUGUUUACAGAGUUUAUUCAAGCAUCUUUGGAAGGAGGAACCAGUGAGGCGUUUUGACAGCGAUGCAGCGGGAGUCUCGCUGUGUACCAGCUUCUCUUUUCGGCAUCAUUAUUCCCCAAACGGGAGGGGAAGGGUCUUUGUUUGUCUUCUUCUUUUCGUUUUUUUAUUUUUUUUUGAUCAGGCCUCUCUUCAUGGAUGCGUUUUUACCGCAGUCACUUUGAAACGCAAUUUGCUCAGCUCCUGCUAGAAUACGUUCACAUUUGUACAAAACGUCGCCAUACAAAGUGAAUGAGAGAUCAUUUUUGAAAUGUUUACUUUUUUGACGUCUUCUUCUCAGCCUGCAUGAAAAAUUCAAACCAAUCUUUUUCUUUGUACUUUGAGUUCCUAAAAAGUAGUCUCUUCUGUUAUUUCCAUUUCAUUUUUUUCUGUUUGGAAAGCCAGAUGCCAAGCAUUUCUUUUGAUAUGUAUUUAUUGAUGUUAUUUAUUUUAUGCAGUUGGCAUACACACACUUAUAAUUUGGGCCAGAAUGCAUCUAGAUUAUCUCUUCUGUAAGAUCUUCAUAACAAAUAAAGCAAAAUAUUUUCCCAAACGUCUUAAUUGCACCAAAAAAGGUAUUUUGUAUAAUUUUACCUGUCAAUAUGUACCAAUAUGUAAUAUUUCAUUUCCUCCAAUGUCUAUGUAUGUUUAGCAGUGUUGUCAUUCCUUUCAAGAGGCUCAGUGUAGCUUAGCAUGAAAAACUGAAAAAAAGGCUUUUCAUCAGUCAAUAGCUUCCGUUUCAUUGUGUGUGCGCGUGUGUGUGUGUGUGUGUGUGUGUGUGUGUGUGUGUGUGUGUGUGUAGAUUAUGAAUUUAUUUUGUACAAAUAACAAUCCAUCAUGCAGUCAAGGAUCGAAUAGUUUGUUUAGUCUGUUUUAGUGUUUAUUUAAAACCUGUCUUGUUUUAAGAAACUUAUUUCAAGGGAUAUUGUAAAAACAAUGGGGAAGAAUAAAAACACCAAAAGCAUUUCCA